GGAAGUGCCUUAAAAACCGCUACAUCUUCGAGAAGCUUCCGCUUGCACAGGCGGCGGAAUAGCGGUAGGAGAUACGUGGUUCCUGGUCUCCGUAUAAUGUCCCAGCAAUGGCGGCAGACUCCAUGCUAAAGGAUCGGAUACAGGUGGCCCAGGAGCUGCUAGAGCGGGUCGAGCAGCUCUGCAGCCGGCAGACGCGGGAGAUCGAGGGCCGGGCGAAGCUCUGUAGCAAGUUGCGAGCCGAGCUCAGGUUCCUGCAGAAGGUAGAAGCUGGUAAAGUGCAGAUCAAGGAGUCACAUCUGCAUAGCACCAACCUCACCCACCUGAAGGCAAUCGUGGAGUCAGCAGAGAGCCUGGAGGAUAUAGUGAGUGUGCUGCAUGUCUUUACUUAUGAGGGUGCCGCUGGCCAGAGGCAAACGUUGGUGGUAGAUGUGGUGGCCAAUGGUGGGCACACCUGGGUGAAGGCAAUCGGACGUAAGGCAGAGGCUCUCCACAACAUCUGGCAGGGUCGCGGCCAGUAUGGAGACAAGAGCGUGGUGCGGCAGGGAGAGGAAUUUGUGCAGGCCAGCCAUCAGCAGCCUGUGCAGUACAGCAACCCACACAUCAUCUUCGCCUUCUACAAUGGGGUAUCCAGCCCCAUGGCUGACCGGCUGGCUGAGAUGGGCAUCUCCGUGAAGGGAGACAUCGUGGCUGUAAACCAAGUACCUGGAGUGGAAGGGGGUGGGGGUGAGGGUGAGGAUGAUGAAAAUGAGGACAGAGGCAGCCCUCCCAGGGAGGAAGAGUACAAAGACUGGAUUGAGGAGGAUGAAUAUGAGGAAGAUGAAGAAGCAGGUGCCUUCCAUACCAGGGUGGACAGGGACACCAUUGUUGCCAGUGUGGCAUUCCCAACGGAGGUGAAGGUGGACGUGUGUAAGAGGGUCAACCUGGACAUCACCACACUGAUCACCUAUGUGUCUUCCCUAAGCCAUGGCAGGUGCCACUUUACCUUCAAGGAGCAAGUGCUGACAGAGCAGGCUGCCCAGGAGCGCCAAGAGAAAGUGCUUCCCAAGCUGGAGGAGUUCAUGCAGGACAAGGAGCUGUUCGCCUGCCAGUCAGCUGUGCAUGACUUUCAGGUCAUUCUGGACACAUUGGGGGGGCCUGGGGAGCGGAAGCGGGCGGAGCAGCUGCUGGCCCGCCUGCAGGUGGUGCCGGACAAGCCGUCCGAACGCACCUUGCGGCUAGUAACCAGCUCCAAGGUCAAUCGUCGCUCUCUCACGAUCUUUGGAACUGGAGAUUCCUUGCAGGCAAUCACCAUGACUGCUAACAGCGGCUUCGUCCGGGCAGCUGCCAACCAGGGUGUCCGUUACAGCGUCUUCAUCCACCAGCCCCGUGCCCUCACUGAGGGCAAGGAGUGGAGGGCCAGCCCAAUCUAAAGAGCACCCACAAGGCCUGAACAUAGGUGAAGAAUAACUGGAAAAUGCAGAUGAUGGGCUUCAGCAAAAUGAGGAGGUUAAGAGAGGCUUGUGAGCUCAUUCCCUCAGUGGGAGGUUGGACCUUCUGUAACACAUCAACACUAAGAACACAAUGAGAUUAAUAAUGAAAGGAAACAUGUGGUAGCAGAACGGAAGAAUAAUGUGAGUGAACACCGUUCUACUGAUGUCAGCCAGGUUAUGUGACCAUCUCAGGGUCGUUUUGGAAAUCCCAAUAUUAUGCUGUAUACAAGACUAGGGGUUAAUUUUUUCCCCUUUAAUGUAAAUAUGUUUUAGAUCUCUUUAAGUCCAUUAUAUAACUAAGGAGGUUUUUCAUGUACAAAGUAAAAUUUGUGGCAUUGUAAGAAUUACAAUGCUAUGCAUGAGUACUUAUUUUUCACACUCAAUAAUAUCCUUUAUUUUGUUUAUUGGCUGCAUUAAAAAGAUCACCCCCACUGCCCAAAUGAGCUGCCAUAUUGCUGAAUUACAAGCAGCUACCCAGCUGAGAAAAUGUACCGUCUUCUUUUCAAAGCAAUUAAAUAAGGUGAACAAA